AUGGCAUCAUCCGCAUCAACACCAAACAUACUGACGGGCCUGUCGCAUUGCCGCUCGCUGAGCAACUCCGUUCAGACAUCCUCACGGAGCACAGCCCCUCAGGCGUGGAGCGAUGAAAACUACGACUCGGGCUCGUUCCAGCAGCAUUUCGGAGACGCGCAUGGCAACAUCAUUAGCACGCCAGUAGCCACAACGACAACAUUCCCAUUUGGACGGAACGUAGCUCAAAGUCACAGCAGCGAAGAGCUAGUUACUCCGCGACAACUAAAGGCACACCUAAGGUCACUGACCCCUCUUCAACGCAUCGAUACCAAUAUCACAUAUUCUGGGCGGACAACCCUGGGGACAGGCUCGCCACAGAAGCAAGAGAACGGGGGCGCCAUGCCCACGCUCACUGGGACCAAGGGCCCCGCCCAAACCGCACCCGCACGAGGUCUCACAGGCUGGUUCAGCAACACAUGCACCCCCUCCAUCGAGUCCUCCGACCUCUCCACCCCAACCACCGUCUCCGCCGCAGGCAAACUUCGCAACAUGUCCAUCCCCGUCGCCCCCACCGCCUCAGCAACAAAAUCCAAAUUCUCCUUCUUCUCUCCCAAACCAGCGCAACCUGCCACACCCACCGCAUACGACGACGACGACGACAUCCUCCUCAACCUCUCCCUCUCGACUGCCCUAACACCAACCCCACACGACCCCUUCUCCCCCGCCUCCUCGAAGAACUUACACACCUCCGCCCUCACCCUCCUCGCGACCUUCCAAUCCGCCCUGCGUGCAGGCACAACACAAAUCCGCGAUCUGCGCGCUGAGGCUGCUGCGCGGGCUGAGGAGCGCGAUGCGGCGGAUACGCGGACGCAGCAUCUCAAGGCGCAGUUGGCGGAUAUGGCGGCGAGAGUUGCAGAGCAGGAGGGCACGCUGAAGAGUAUUCUCGGGGAGCUGGUGGAGGAACGGCGGCGCGGCGCGGAGGAGCGAGAAAGGAGUAGCAAGGGAGAGGCGACGGAGGGUGCGGGGGUUGUGCUGGAUCAGAAGGUUCCGGAUCGGAGGAGUGGGUCUAGUGAGGAUUUAGGGGUGGGAGGGUGGAAAGGAGCAGAGGAGUCGGAUGCGGAGAGUGCGGUGGAGAGUGUAUGGAGUCGGUGUGGGAGUCCGGAUGGAAAUCGAACGAGUAGGACGAGUGGUGGGAGUGCGGUUACGUCGGCGAGUUCGGCGAGGGAGCCGUUGCGGAGGGGGGGUGGGAAGGAGGAGGUGGUUGUGGUGAGGCGGUGUGAUCAUUGCGAGGGGAAGGCGGCUAGUGCGGCGUGGGUGGCUGUGAGGGAUUUGAGGGAGGAGAAUAAGGAGUUGAAGAGAGAGGCUGGGGUGCUGAGGGAGGCGAUGGAUGAGGUUAUCGAGAUGGUUAGCGUGGUGGGAUUGAGGUAG